UAUCACAAAGGAAAACGACAUCCGUGAUACCGAAAUGCCAAAGGUCCAAGAUGUUUCUGCAGAUGUCUCAACGACCGGCACAAUUCCUAUUGUUCACAAUGAAGAAGAGGCUGCUCAGGUCCCUAGUGAAGACAGUGAGCAGCUAGUUCCAGACGGGAAAAGUAAGCUGGGUGCAGAUUUGACUCAAACGCCGGAAAAGAAAUCAUCCCUGGACGAUGUAGAACCUCCAAAGGAACAUGCUCCUGUAACCCUUAAGACAAACGUCACAGAGAUACCAUCGACAGACGAAGUGAAUAUCGCAGUACAAAAAUUGGUCGGUGAUAUAGAGUCGUCCUUUCAUAAUAAUCGUAGUAGUACAGAACAAGCAGUUGGGACUAAAGAGCUGAAUGCAAUUUUAAACAAACUUGAAGGUAAAUUCACCGAGAGUGUUCCAGGCACAUCCAGCUUGCAGGAAUCUUUUGCAAUGGCUAAGGCAGCCGUAGAUAGGCUGAACAGUUCAAUUGAAGACAUGUCUCCGAACACCUCCCAUGAAUUGGAGCCUCCUGUUCGAAGCGCUAUACAAUGCGAAUCCAUGAAUCUUCAACAAAGCAUCAAUGACCUGGUAGCCUAUGCUAUGGACAUCUUAACUGGUGACCGAGUUCCUGCCGAAAGUAUGGUCAUUGACGACAAAACAAAAGCAAUAGCAACGAUUGUUGAUAAGAUUAUGAUGACCGUGCAGGAGGCUCCUAAAAAGCGGGAUCUUGUUGAGCCUAAGUCUCAAGAGCCAUUGUCGGCUGAAGCAUGCUCCGAAGGAAAAGGACAAGUUAUAUGCAAAGACGCUGAUGAAUCAUUCAAAGAUAAUUCAUCGAAGCCUUUGACUUCCAAGCAAGACGCUGAGAAUCAGCAAGAGAACACGUCGAAAGAAUUAGAUGCUACGGGAGCUACUGCAAUAGAAGAGCCUCCGGCGGUGGUUUCCCAGAAGAAGGAGAAUACCGUCAGUCCAGUGGAAGGCAGCGAAACUGGUGCUAUGGAUUCCAAGAAGAAGGAAACUUUCGAUGUGAAUAUUACUAGCGAAGAGCAGUCAACAAGCCUUGAAUCCGCGAUCAAGAUGCAAGGUUCCAAAGAUGCAUCGAAAGAACCUUCUACGAUAGCGCUGACAUCCACUGAAGAAGCGAUUAGCCCGGAUUCAGAACCAAUUGUUCCAAAAGAUUUGUCGGUCGAUGGCUUCAAAACUACUACUUCCGAUUCUUCCACAGAAAAAGUGCCUGAAUUCGCACUGGCUGGGGAAUCGCCCGCACCAGAUAAAGAAAACAACGCGUCUGACCUAACCAAGAAACCAGAAAACUCAGUAAGUAUCACUGAUGACACCGCCACAGAGGAACCGUCAAGGUCAGAUUUGAAGGCUGAAGAUUCAACUGCGGUCAUAAAAUCAACCUCCGAUGUCACGUCACUAGCACAGGCAGCAUCAACAGAUCUCUCCGCAAAGAAGCAUCUUCUUGAUGCGUGCCAGAGUCUGAACGAGACCUCUGAGAACUUUACGGAGGCGCUGGUAGACGCCUUGUCAUCCCAGCCAUCUUUAGGCAUGCUCCGGUCUAGGGCUGAAUCUAUCAGUGGUGUUAUAGGCGAACUAGAAGCCUCACUACGAACGCUAACUGGAGAUGAGACCGCAUCACCCUAUCUUCGGCAGCUCAAUGACACUGUGCUUCAGUUAGCAGCUUCUGUUGAGGGCUCUAGUCAGACGUUCGACGACGCAACGCCGUUGGAUAACCGUGUCCUGGAAGAAUUAGUAGCUCCAGCCAUUAUGGAGGUAUCCGCAAAUAUCCAUACGCUGCGAGAAAGCAUCGCUAGUUUUACUUCCCAGCUGGCCGAAGCUCCUGUGGAUAAAAUUUCUGACAUCACGGCUUCUCAUGUUGCGAUGGUGCACGACGCUUCUGGUAAUAUCUCCAGUGCUGUGCAGGAGGUUGGCCUCGCCAUCAGCAACGCGGUGGAAAAAUCGCGGACGGAGAGUUUCUUUUCGGCAGAUGAAGAUACAAGCUCAAUGCUGUUGGAUGACGCGCUACAAGAUUUGUCAGAGAGCACCACCGCACCGAUCGGGGACAGAGGUGCCACCUGGCGUCGACUCAGUGACCUGGAGACGUUCGGGGACGGCAAUGUUGAUACGGAGAACAUUCUGAACGUCAUGUCUGCCAUCGGCUCUCUGAAACUACUGCAGCAGCUGGCCGCCGACUCAGAGUUUCUGACGGACGCCGUGGGUCGCGUAUCGAUGGCGGCGGAGCAGCUGCGCAGCCGCACGCCGACGGCCGACGAGACGGCAGCGCCCACGCCGCUCGAGGUCCGCGCAGUCUGCGGGACUCUUCUCGCAAGCAUCGACGAGCUCACCAGCACCGUUCGUGACCUAGUGUCGGACGCCGGAUGCAGCGAGCUGGACUCAUCACUGAUCAGCAAAAUCGAGGACUACAAAGACACGCUGCUAAGCGUCUCCGCGGUAACUGACAACCUGGUGGCCGGUCGUCCCGAGCUUGCUAUCGAAGGAGAACAAAUCCGAGCCAGCAUCGACCAUCUUUGCGCUCAAGCGGACAGCAUUCUUGCACUUACAGCCGAAAAAUCAUCAAUUGCCAAAAGCCUACAGGAUGCCGAAGAAAGCAAACAGCCAGUGGACGCAGUUACAAAUGAGAAACUUCAUGGAAUAUGCAGUAUUGUUAGCUCGGCCUUGGAGCAACCGCAGACAAGCGAGGCGUUUGGCAUUGAGGCUGAACUGGCUUCGGAGGCACCUUAUCUGAUGGACGUCCUGCUCCACCCAGAGAAUCGUCAACGCGCCAAACAGACAACAGAAGAGCCUGUUCAAUCAGAGCUGGCGUCUGAGGUGGCAGUGCCUACGCUCAAAGACGCUAGCGCACUCGGUCGACCUCUACAUGAAGGGGAUGGUCGUUCAAAUUCAAAGAUGGAUGAAACUCCCAUGCAGGCUUUGCAAGUUUUUGAUGACACCGGUGACAAGGAAAAGACGCCUACACCUCUCGCGAGUGAAGACAACCUAAAACCAAAACCAGACGACGUGCUAGUGUCUGAGACGAUUGACAAGGUCGCCAAGCAAAUCUCUGAGAACCCGAAGCCCGAAACUGAUGCUACUGAAACUGGAGACCAACUCUCAGUUGUCCCCACAGCUCCCAAUGCCAAUCAACACAAAGUAUUGGAGCCCGACAUUCAGGAAACGAAGAAGCACGACGUGAUGUCGUCCGAUGAGCAGGAUGGCGUCGAUAAAAUGCCCGAAACGAAAGAUCCUUUAGCAGUUUCAGUCAAGGUGGUUGACCCAAUCAAUGAAUCUGUUGAUAAAUCAGAAACUCAAAAUGCUGAGCCAGCUCCCAAUGUUCCCGUCAAACAAGUUGCGACUGCACCCUCCAUGACAAGUGAGACAAUUUCUUCGGAAACAGCCGAAGAGGCUCGCGAUUGUCUUGCUACAAAUGUGAAGCAUGAUUUGUCUGCAAUCGCCGAAACGACUGGAAAAGACGACGUAACGACUUUGCCAGCGGGUGAUGCGCUCGGUGCCGAAGAUGUUGAUGGCAGUGCUGGCAAAGAUGUAAGUGAAAAGCUUCUCGUUGAACCUCCAAUAAAUGACAACAGAUUACCUAUGCAGGAGAGUGCUCUACCAACGGAGAUGACUAGUGAUUCAGUGAAGCUUGAAACUUUAUCUGUUGAUGAACAAAUUUCUGAAGAAAAGUGCGCACCAGGGACGGGCGAGCAGCUUGAAACAUUAGUGAUCGACGAAUCAGCUGAAGAUCAAAAGUCUGUUGUGGUAGUGCCGGCUACGCUCGGUAUUCUGAGCAUUGAUGAGCAUGGUGUUACGAAGGCCGUUAGCAGUUCAGCUGAACUCAAGCCUCUGGUUGUCGAUGAAAAGGGCGCGACAGAGAGUGUUACCGAACAAGAACAACCUGGGCAAGAAGCCAAGCUACAAUCGCUUAGUAUAGAUGAGCCAGCCACCAACAAAGCAGAAGCAGUGCCAAAAGUACCUCGUCUUAAAAGACUUUCCGUGGAAGGAACUGAUACGGUUGAAGAUCGAAAACAGCCAUCCAACCAGAAGGUGGACGCCAUCCAGCCAUCUAAGGCCUCGGAGGAAAAACACGAAGACAAGCUGAUCAGACUUAAGGUGGUACUUGACGAAACAAACGCUGCCAAGGAAUCAGCAAAUGCUGACCAGCCUUUGACACCUAAAGAUACCAGUGAAGAAUCUGCAAAAGUGUCGGAACCGGGGGUCCCCCUUCCGACAAAGCCUGUGCCAGAAACGGUUACAAGUGCUGCGGAAACACUAUCUGACAUUAUACAGCGUGCCGUGGGAGGGGAAAUUGCCACCAUCAAAGAAGCGGAGCUGGCUGCAGAGCGUAUGCGAACAGCCCUAACAGGGGCGGCAGAGUCUGUGCAGGAGACCGGGGAAGAGCUGGUAAGCUUCCGUUCACAGGCAGCGGCAAUCGGAGGCGAUCUGUCGCUGGUUACCGAUGCCCUUCAAGACACUAUCAGGAGCGUGAGAGGCACCAAAAUGGCAACAAAAAUACAAAAGGACCGCAUAGCAGAAAUGGUGAGGCCCGCUGCGGAUGAAGUAACGUCUCGAGUAGAAACACUGGUGGCAGCAGUGCGAUCCAUGAGUGAAGCACUGAAAACAUCAACAACCCAGCCAGACAAAAAUACAGUGAGGUCAAGUGCCGAUGCUGUGUCGACCGAGCUCCAUCUCUUGUCAGCUGCUAUUGACAAGAGUAACGACGUACGCUCGGAUGCCGUCGAACGCAUGAAAGGACUUGAGGACAAGAUAGUGGUUACAGAGAAAACGGUCGAGUUCAAGGAUGCGUUAGGCGAACUGCUCAAUGCCGUCGAGUGCGCUCUUGUGGAGCGCGGUCCGGGCUCGGACGCUGUGGUGAACCUGCAGGCUGCCAGCUGCCGACACGCCGCCGCCAAAAUGGUGACCGCCGUGACCGGCGUCACUGGCGACCGCGUGCUGCCGGAGCGCGCGCAGGAGACCAUCGAGGCCAACAUCGCCACAGUGGCGCGCGAGGCGGUGGCUGUCACAGCGCACAUGCGCGGAGCUGUGCCGUUCGAGGAGCUCCUUGCCGUCCAUCCGCCGCUGCAGGAGCGCGUCAAUGAGCUGCGCCACAUCGAGGAGCAGACAUUGUCCGCCCCGGGGGCGCUGGCAGAGGCGGCGGAGACGACCCCCGUCUCGGAAUUCAAUGAGCUCUUCUUGGGAAGCGUCAAAGAGGCCACAUCAGCCACCAACACACUUGCAAAAAUGUUACACAAUGUUGGCGAGGAGCAUGCAAAUGCCACCAACGCUUACCAUGGCAAGGAAGCCAGGAAAAUUGUGUCUGAGGAUAUCGAUUCGCUACAGAAAACCACCAACAAGUUCUUCGCGUCGUUGAUCAACAAUGCGAGUGGCAGUAGCCCUUCAGGAAGCUUUUGGGAGCGCGAAUCGCUUUGUGUUGCAAGCGUGGCAGAAUGUGUCCACAAGAGCGUCACUGAUCUACACGUGCUGGAGCCAGCAGUGCGGGACUGUGCGCUGCCAAUGAGGUCUGGGGAUGUCAUCAAGCAUGCAUCCGGAGUGGUGAAGAAAUGUGUCAAACAGCUUGCAAUUCUGAUGGAUCGUGUUCCUCCAGGCAAGGCAAUAAGCGGUUCUUGUGAUAUUGACCAGCUGGCUGAAAAGGCGGAUCAACUGGGAAGUGAAAUGGCUGACCGUUUAAAAACAGGAGCGGCUGCAAAAGAUGAAAGUAUCGAAAAAGUAGCAGAAGAGCUGCAAGCUGUCGCUGCUUUAUGCAUGAAAAAGAUACGGAAGGAACUAAAAAUAAUUGAUGAUGAAAUCGAAAUUGAAGAGGAAGAAAAGCGAUUAGAAAGUAAAAAGAAACGCAUUCAAGAGGCAGAACAAAAAACGAAAGAAGAGGAAGCUAAGAGAACAGAAGAAGAAGAAAAACGGAAAGAGAGGAGUCAGCAAAUGAAGGAAAGAAUGGAAAUAGAAGAAAAAGACAAAGAGAAGAAGGAAGAAGAGGCGCGCGAGGAAGAUUCAAAGAAGCGCAAGAAACGGAAGACUGUGGAAAAAGAGGAACAAGACGAAAAAUCAGUUAUUGACGAAAAGACGAAAACUGUUAAGGAAGAGCGCCCAAAGACCGAGGAACACACAUCAAUUGAGGAUGGGCAGAAAAAGAAAGAUGAGGAUAAUGUGAAUCAGCAAGACGAGACACAUGUCAAAAAUAAACAUGAUGUUUCCAGUGACGGUGACAUGUCUGACAAAACUGAGGACGCUGACAGAGCAGCCGGUAAGCCCAGAAAAACGAGUGGAAAGCUCGACCCGUCUCUGAUCGUAGAACGAAGAAUUAUUCCGCCGGAGGAGGAGAUGGAGGCAAAAAAACUAAACAAAAAAGUGAAAUCCCAGGACUCGUCUGACCUUGAAAUAAGACCUCAGAAAACCCUGCCUGCUGAAGAAGAGAAGGAAGACAGCAGUAAAACCACAAACGCUGGUCUUGCUCCUUCCUCAGAUGGCACUGCAGACCCAUUGUCGGCGGCAGAUGGCGAACACCAGGCUUACAAACAGGGUGAGGAGACGGUGGCUGACAGCGACGAGAAGCGAGAUUCUCAUGUAACGCCUAAGUUGGAUCAGCCUGACACCUGCGACAUGUCGCAGAAGGGAAGCGAUGAAAAUACUGCCGAUCAGUCAACACGUACAAUCAAGGACACAGAUGAGGUGAGGCAGGCGGAUAUAGAAACUAGAUCUUCGGCUGGUGAGCAAGAUGCCGAUUCAGCUCAUAAGGAAAAACCAAAGAAGUCCGAAGAGGAGCAGGAAAAGAUUGCUUCCCCCGAAGUUCAUCAGUUGGAAGAAAAUAAACAUGCUACGCCCAAAAAAGAUACAGAGUCUCUAGGCGAUGCAAAGCAGCAACGAAUAAACGAAAUAAACAUCGAAAAGAUCGAAACGAACGACACGAAAAAGAAGGCGAAGAAAACAAAAUCGAAAGAAAAGAAAACAGAUUCGACUCCAGAUAACGGUCAAGUAGAGAAAAAGGAAGAGAGGGCAGCCGGCGACACUAACCUCCAGCGAAGAAAGUCUGCUCCGGGUGCCGACGACCCCGACAAGAUUCCCAGGGUUCUUCGUGCCGAGGAUCAGCUGGCCAGGGCGGUUGGAGAGACAAACCCUCCAGAGCCUGAGGUGAAGACGGGAAAGCGAAAAAAGUCAAUGACAAAAACCAAGGAGGAUGAGGUGUCUAAACCAGCAGAAGGCAAAGCUGCGGAUAAAAGAGACAGCAUCUCCAUGGAGGGAAAACAGUUACCCUUUGAAGCUAAAGAAGUUUUACAAAAUGAAACGGUUGAAAGAAAAGAGGACUCGACCGAAAGCCAGAAGGCAGGAAAGGAGCCUUCUGGGUUUGCCGCUGCUCCUCGAGAUUCAACAUCACGUAAAGAGCCCCGAAAACUUUCUCAGGACGCUGCUAAUGAAAGUGUGAAUGAUUUGCAGAAGAAACAGACCAAAGAGGCACCGAGUAAAGCUGAUCAGGAUGUUGGUCAAGCGCCAGGAAACGAUGCCCAAAAGUUAGAGUCUGUAGCGUCAGUUGAUGAAAAGGAGACCAAGGUAAAAGCAGAGGACCAAGGGACAGUAGUCGGCAAGAAUAAGUCAGUUGACAAAGAGUUGCCUGUCACUCCAGAUAAAAAAGCAGAGACUAUGCAACCCGAAAAAGAGAGGGAGGAACUUUCAGACAGCAAAAGUGAGAAAACCGAGGUGAAACCAUGCGAGGACAACAAACCCGGCUCCGAAAAGAAGAAGAAGAAACGCAAGGACAAGGAUCUUGCUAAAACAGCAAAGGAGGAAAGACCUCCGGAGACGGUGGGGAAGCCAGAGCCGAACCGUGCCUCGGGAACGGAAUCGAUGUCUGUUCCCGGAACUGAAUCCAGCGGGAAGACUGAUGCGCCUCACGAAGAGGAAUUCCCUCAGAUGACAACGGAGGAGAGAAUGAAGUCUCCCGAUGGGGCCCAGCGGAGGAGGCGAGAAAGUGCUGAACAUUAUGUCGAGCACCGGCGCGACCCCCGCAGGCGCCCCCGCUGGACCAACCGCCUGCAGGACAAGACCACCAUGGCGGGCACGCGCGUCCGACUGAGCUGCACGUGCGCCACGGACGACGACGUGCCCGUGGAGGUCGACUGGUACCUGAAUGGCGCGCUGCUGCGGCCCGAGUCGGACCAGCGGCUGCGCGCCUGGCUGGCCGCCGACGGCGCUGCCUCGCUGGAGAUCUCCGACGUGGGCCUCCAGGACGGCGGCGAGUACACGUGCACGGCGCGCAACAUGCACGGCCGCGCCAGCUGCACGGCUGACCUGCACGUGCGCGCCGGAGCCAUCGAGCCGCGGCCCGGCCCGCCGACCUUCCUCACUGGACUGCGAGUGUCGUAUAUCCUGGAGGAUGACGUGCUGAUCAUCGAGUGUCAGCUGGCGGGCCACCCGGCGCCGCGGGUCACCUGGCUCAGGGACGGCGCGGCCGUGACCAGCUCGGACCGAGUUCACCAGACCCAGGCCGACGACGGCGUCUGUAAGCUGUUGGUGCAGUCGCCCCAAGACAGCGAUAACGGCAAGUACACGUGUCUGGCCGAGAACCGAGUUGGCUCUGCGGAGAUAUCGGAGCACAUCACCGUACCAGGCGGUGCGCAGCCGCGGCCGGCCGGCUCGCCGGAGCGACCCGCGCGCUCCGCACACACGGCCAGCCGUCCCGUCUUCCUGGACGCCCUGCGAGACGUGGAAGCCAGCCAGGGCCGUGACCUGGACCUCAAGGUCAAGGUGGCCGGUUCGCCCUCACCGGACAUCAGCUGGCUGCACAACGGGCAGCCGGUGCGGCCGUCGGCCCGGCUGCGCGCCUGGGGCCGCUUCCCCGACUAUGCGCUCUCGCUACACAGCCUGACAGCCGCAGACGCCGGCACCUACACCUGCCGGGCGGCCAACGUGCACGGCGCGGCCACCUGCUCGGCCAACGUCAGUCUGGGAGCCGCUGGCGCCGGCCAGCCGGCCAGGAUUGUCGAGAAGCCCGACGACCUCAUCCGAGUCGCCAACGGGGGAGACCUGCUGCUCACCUGCCGCAUCGCCGGAGAGCCGCGGCCAAAAGUGGCGUUCCACAAGGGCCGUCAGAACCUGCUGGCCUCUCGGCGCGCCACUCUGGAGGUGGCCGGCGAGCUGUGUCACCUGCACAUGGAGCGGCUGCACUUCUCCGACUCGGGCACCUACUGCGUGGAGGCGCAGAACGCCGACGGCGCCGACCGCUGCUACGUCCUCGUCCGGGUGAAGGAGCCGAAUCGGGCCCAGACGCCCGACUGGGACAGCCGCACCUCCUCUCGGCUCAUGGCCAGCGCCGACCUGCGCAGGACACAGCGCUUCACACAGGACGUUCCGGGUCCACUGCCGGGCCGUCCGUACACCAGGGACGUGGGCCAGAACUGGGUGUCACUGGCCUGGCCGCGGCCGCUCUAUAACGGCGGCGCGCCCAUCCUCUCCUACAAGGUGGAGGCGUGGCUCAAGUGCGAGGACGCCAUGUGGGAUAUGGUGGGGAUGUCAGUCAUCUGCAGCAUGGACAUAUUCGAUCUGAAGCCGGCCCGCACCUACAUAUUCCGCGUGACGCCGCGCAACCGGUACGGCUGGGGCGAGGGCAGCUGCUCGCUGCCUGUGCUGGUCGGUCGGGAGCGGGUGGCGCCGCGGUUCGGCCGCCUGCUGCCGGCCACCACCAAAUGUCUGCUCGGAGACUGCCUGGAGCUCCAGUGCCAGGUGUCUGGUGAGCCGGCUCCCGAGGUGGUCUGGCUGCGGGACGGCAUCCCGCUGCCGGCCGGCCUCUGUCGACUGCGCGUGGCGCACCAGGGCGACCUGUGCCGGCUCUCUGUCAGCGCCGUGCGACCGUCCGACCAAGCCACCUACACGUGCCAGGCAGUGAACACGGCCGGCCAGGCGAGCACCUUCACCCGUCUGACGGUGGUGGAGCGCGAGCUACUGCUGCACGCUGACCGCGCCAUCAACAGCGCCCUGGAGUCUGCCGCGUCGGCCGCCGACCGCUCGCCGAGCGAGCCACUGGCCCCCUACUUCCUGGUACGGCCGCGCGAGCGCCGGGUGGCCGUGGGCAGCUCCGUGCGGCUGACCUGUCAGGUCACAGGUCACCCGCUGCCAGAGGUCACCUGGGCCAAGGACGGCGUGCCGCUACAGCAGAACGAGCGGUUCGCCAUGUGGCACGAGGCGCACCACUUCCACACGCUGGAGAUCACCGCUGCGCGGUUCGACGAGCUGGGAACGUACUCGGCCGUGGCCUCCAACGAGCACGGAGACAUCACCUGCUCCUGUACACUGGUGGUGGACCGCGGCCACCUGUUGUACGCCGGCCCGGAGCUGGUGCGCAGUCUGCCGGAGGUGACCCGCGUGUCGGCCACCGCCGGCCUGGAGCUGCAGGCGCGCUGCACCGCCUACCCGGCCAUCUCGGUCCUCUGGCACCGCGACGGGCGGCGCGUUCGAAUCGCGCGCCGGCAGACGCUCUCGCUGGACGGAAACGGUCUGGCCACGCUGCGCAUCGGCAGCGCCUCUCACGGCGACGCCGGCAACUACUCGUGCACCAUGAGCAACGAGAUGGGCAGCGUGGUGACGGCCACGCGGCUGGUGGUGCAGGACUCCCCCGACGGGCCGGUGGAGGCGCCCUGCUUUGUGCGUGACCCGGUGUCCUCUCACGUGCUGGAGGGCGACUCGGUGACGGUGACCUGUGAGGUGGUCGGCGACCCGGCCCCGGAGGUCAGCUGGCACCGGCAGGAGCCCGCACAGGACCCGGCCGCCGACACGUGCAGCUGGGAGCUGGUGGAGGACAGCACGUACAGCGUGCGUCUGCCUGAGGCGCGGCUCGCCGACGCUGGGUCGUACGUGGUGGCGGCCUCCAACCGCCACGGCACGGCCCAGCGCACCAUGUCCCUGGAGGUCACCGGCAAAGAAAACACAUUACGGGGUAAACAGAAGAAACUGAACGGCUCGGCCGAGCCCCGGCCGUCGUUCGCCACUGAGCUGCGGGACGUGCGCUGCUGUGACGGGGACUCCGUCACGCUCAAGUGUCGUCUGCGCGCCGGCUGCUCGGGCGCCGCUGUCCAGUGGCACAAGGACGGCGCGGUGCUGUCCGACUGUGGCGAGUUCCGUCAGACUCGGAUUGGCGACGUGCUGCGGCUGAGCAUCGCCAAGGUGCAUCCGGAGGACCAGGGCCAGUACACGUGCCACGUGGUCACCGACAGCGGCCGCGCCGCCUCCCGCGCCUGCCUCAUCGUCGAUGUUCCGGAGGACAGUGACCUGCACGUGACGAGCAUGCUGAGCAGCCAGGAGGGCCCUCCUCCGCCGUCCGUGGGCCGCCAGCACCUGAGCACCCGCGCCGCCGCCGGCCGCCUGCUCAGUCCGCGUCUCUCCGUGCCAAGGACGCGAGCCGUCAGCGAGCAGCCGGGCAGCUACCUGCUGUCCUCGGGCGGCAGUGCGGCGCGCGCCCGGCGCCGCCUCGAGGCGCCUCGCUUCUACGCCGCCCCCUACGACCGAACCGCCGAGGAGGGCGAGAACGUGACGCUCAAGUGCUCCGUGUCGGGCCAGCCGAACCCGGCGGCCACCUGGGACAAGGAGGGCGCCACGCUCAGAAACUCGGACAAAUUCAGGGUGACGGAGGCCGGCGAUGAGCGGCUGCUGCUGAUCCGAGGCGUGCAAAAGUCCGACGCCGGUCUGUACCGGGUCACUUUACACAGUGACGCAGGACGGACGCAGGCCACCGCGCGGCUCUCAGUCAUAGGUCGCCCGCGGCCACUGAGCCCCAUGGGCGUCCCUGGCCACGACCGUCCGGGCAGCGGUCUGGGCCACGCGCGCCGGCCGCGGCCGCGAACUGAGAGCGGCGGCCGAGCGGCCGGCGGCGACCCGCUCUCCCACCCCGCCUCAGGAGUCUGGUUCUGUGACGGUGAGAUAGUUCCCGGCGGGCAACCGAUCCGGCUCGCCGACCGCAGCGCCACCUGUGCCCCGCCCGGCGCUGAAACUUCUCCGGUGGGCGGAGAGAUGGCGGCACCGGUGUUCGCCUACCCUCUGCAGAGCCGAUCCGUGAUGGAGGGCGACCGUGUCCGGCUCGACGCCACAGUCACUGGCGCCGAGCCACUUAAAGUCACCUGGGUGAAGAACAACGUUCCGAUUCGCGACUGCGCCGACUUUCGUCACGUGACCGCGGCCGGAGGGCAUUUCUCGCUGGUUAUCGACGACAUCUACCCGGCCGACGAGGGCUUCUACUUCUGCGAGGCGUGGAACGCCCACGGCCGCACCGUCUGUCACUGCCACGUGACCGUCAUAGAGGAUGACGGGGCGGCGGAGCGGCCGUCCGCCGCCGCCGACCCCGCCGCCGGCCGGUCGGUGGCGGCGCCGACCGGAGCGGCUGUCCGGCUCUGGGUGCGCUCCACAGGGGUGGCCACCGUCCAGUGGUCCCUGAACGGCCAGCCCGUGCAGCGGCUCGACCCGGCCAGAGUCAAGGUCUCGCAGUCGGGAGGCGCGCACGCGCUGGAGAUCCUCCGGCUGACGGAGGCCGACGCCGGCACGGUGGAGGUGAGCGUGCGCGGCCCGGCCGGCAGCUGGCGCUCCCAGGUGGCGCUGACGCUGGCGGCGCCACCGGACGCCGGCGUCAGUCGGGCGCCCACCGACGUCACCGGCACGCAGCGCGCGGCGGCGCCCGCUCUGGAGAACGGCGUCAGACACUCGGCCGAGGGCGGGCGAGGCGGCGGCGCCAGCGGGUCUAGUGGCCUCCCGGCCGAGGGAGCGCAGGAGCCGGAGGACCGGACACCGGAGCCCAGCAGUCAAACGGAGCAGCCCGCCGCAACUCCGGCGGACCGGACGUCAGAGUCUACCAGUCAAACGGAGCACACCGACCGGGCGCCGGAGUCCAGCAGUCAAACUGAGCAGCCCGCAGCUACCCUGUUAGACCGGACGCCGGAGCCCAGCAGUCAAACGGAGCAGCCCGACCGGGCGCCGGAGCCCAGCAGUCAAACGGAACAGCCCGACCGGGCGCCGGAGCCCAGCAGUCAAACGGAGCAGCCCGCAGCUACCCUAUCAGACCGGGCGCCGGAGCCCAGCAGUCAAACGGAGCAGGAGAGUGAGGAGGAGGAGUCAGUCAGCCGCAAGUCUAGUCUGGUCGAACCGCACAGCCGGAAAAGCAGUCUGUUCGACUCUUGCAGUCGUAAGAGCAGUGUGACAGACUCUUCUAGCAGUCGUAAGAGCAGUGUGGCAGACUUUGGCAGUCGUAAGAGCAGUGUGGCCGACUCCUGCAGUCGUAAGAGCAGUGUGGCAGACUUUGGCAGCCGGCGGAGCUCGCUGGGCGCCGAGCGCCGGCUGAUCGUGCAGGGCCCGGCCAGCCUGGCCGUGCUGUUGGGUCAGACGGCGCGACUCGAGUGUCGUCUCCAGCCGCCCGACGACAUGGACGCGCCCACCGCCGUCGUCUGGAGCAAGGCGGGGCGCCGCCUGGAGCCGUCGGAGCGGGUGACGGUCGAAGCCACCCCGUCUGGCUCUGUGCUAACUCUGCGCCAGGUGACGGCCGACGACAGCGGCAAGUAUGUGGUGCGCGCCGGCCAGGACGAGUGCUGGGCCUCGCUGGCGGUCGAGGGGCCGCCCGAGCCGCCGUCCGGCGUACCCAACGUGUGCCGCAUCAGCCAGCAGGCGAUCACGCUGUCCUGGUGCGGCCCGCCGUUCGAUGGCGGCAGCAUGGUGACCGAGUACCAGGUGGAGACGGCCGACGAGCAGCGCCGCUGGCGGCUGCUCGUCGACCACUGCCGCUCCACCUCGGUGGUCGUCGACGCCGACGGGCUGGCCGAGGCGCCCUGCUUCCGUGUGCGCGCCGUCAACAAGCACGGGUGCAGCGCGCCGGGCCUGGAGGCGGCGGCGCCGGCCUUCAGCGCCGACCGGCCGGCCGACGGGCCCACCGACGGGCCGGGAGAAAAUGAGGACGACGAGACGGACGUGGGGGCGCCGUUCCCCCAUCGGCACGUGACCCUGACGUCGGGAGUCGAUUUCGGAGCGCUGUACGACGUCCAGGAGGAGCUGGGCAAGGGACGGUUCGGCAUGGUCCAUAAGGUGGUGGAGAGGAGCACCGGUAACCGGUUCGCGGCCAAGUUCAUCAAGUGCAUCAAGCUGGCGGACCGGGCCAAGGUCGGUGAGGAGAUCGCCAUCAUGAACCAGCUGGAUCACCCGAAGCUGCUGCAGCUGGCCGCCGCCAUCGACCACGGGCGGCAGAUGAUCAUGCUGCUCGAAUACGUCUCUGGCGGGGAGCUGUUUGAGCGCGUGGUGGCCGACGACUUCACGCUGACGGAGCACGAGUGUGUGCUCUUCAUGCAGCAGAUCUGUAGCGGGGUGCGCUACAUGCACGACAACAACAUCAUGCACCUCGACAUGAAGCCGGAGAACAUCCUGUGCAUCACCAAGUCGUCUCACAUGAUCAAGAUAAUCGACUUUGGCCUGGCGCGCCAGUACCGCGAGUCGGAGCCGACCCGGGUGAUGCUCGGCACUCCCGAGUUCAUCCCGCCCGAGAUCAUCAACUUCGAGCCCAUCAGUCCGCGCAGCGACAUGUGGAGUCUGGGCGUCAUCUGCUACAUCCUCUUGUCGGGUCUCUCCCCGUUCAUGGGCGAUAACGACGCCGAAACGUUCGCCAACAUCACGCGCGCCGAGUUUGAUUUCGAUGACGACGCGUUCGACGCCGUGUCCGACGCGGCUAAGGAGUUCAUCACGAGCCUGCUGAGAAAGCGACAAACGGAGCGGAUGAGCGCCUGCCGCGCGCUGACCCACCCCUGGCUGACGACCGGCCACCGAGGAGCCCAAACCACCGUCCUCUCCAAGGAAAAACUCAAAAAGUUCAUCAUCAGGAGAAAGUGGCAGAAAACUGGUAACGCCAUCCGGGCGCUGGGCCGUAUGAGCGCCAGCCUGCCGGCGCGGCGGGCCAGCCAGUCGCGCCGCGCCAGCCGCGAGGGCGGCCUGCUGGCGGCGCCGGCCGGCGGCCUGCUGCAGCAGAAGCGCGCCUCCAUCUACAGCGAGCGCAGCGACAGCGGCUUCAGCGACUGCUCGGUGGGCUCGGGGCCGCGCCUGGGGCGCCGCUUCACCAACGAGUCCACGCUGGCAGAGGAGGACGAGGGCCCGGCCGGCGCCGCUGACCUGCUCCGCUCUGUCAUUCCAGAGGACGGCCCGGCCCUGGCGCGCCGGCUAGAGCAGGCCACCUGAGGCGGCGCGCAGCCUCCGGAGGUCACCGAGGGUCGCCGCCGGUCACUGAGGGUCUCUGCCGGUCACUGAGGGUCACCGCCGGUCACUGAGGGUCACCGCCGGUCACUGAGGGUCACCGCCGGUCACCGAGGGUCGCCGCCGGUCACUGAGGGUCACUGGGGGUCUCUGCCGGUCACCGCCGUUCACUGAGGGUCCCGGAUUCUCCUGGGUGGGCCUGACGUGCUGCCACCUGCCGGCCGGGGUGGAAACAGGUGGUGCUGCCACCUGCCCAGGUCUGGGCCGUUACGGAGACAGGCCACUAGUUCAGCAUAGCCCAUAUCCCAGCUCCGUGCCAGUCUCAGGGGCCUAGCAAAGUCCCCGGCGCCUGGGACUGCGCCAAAGGGUACCAUUAGCGAUGCCAAAAACACGCCUGAUCGCGGCCGCUGGGGCGAGUCCUUGUUUGCCUCGGGCGCAUGUUUGUUGACGCUAGUUUUAUCAGCGGAGGUGUUCUCGUGGGUAGGUAACCCACGCGCGGUAGCUGCCCAGUCCCCGACCCGCUUAUCUGACGUUGGGUAGGAUAGGGGGUGUGAUGAUGACGAUGUUGGCCAAUACAGAGGUUUAUCCGAGGGGCGUGUACGAGCCCGGUGCAUGUCCCGGCGCUGGCUCCGGCUGAGAGCAGCGCACUAGUGAAUGCGGUGCCUCCACCUCCCAGGCAUGCAUAUAAAUGCUUUCAGUCGUUUGUUUUAAUAAUAAAAGACGUGUGGAGA